AGUUUUUCUAUAACCUUCUUUUUGUGUUUGACAAACAAAUUGUAACAAAUUAUUUCAAGUUUAAGUAAAAAUUGUAAUUGUGCACUAAAUCGAAAUGGAUAACAAAAAGAAGACCUGGAUUGCGUCGCUCACCUCGAACACCAGUAGUGCUGUGAUUUCCAGCGAGUCCACUCCGCGGAGCUCGGGUUCAGAUGCCGCCCCCCAAUUUGCUCAGCCCAGGCAGGUGCCGCAGAGUGUGGAGAAACCUAAGAAGUGCACCUGCCGCACCUGCAACUGUCCACGUCCUGAACCCACAAAUGCCUCCAUAAUCCAACCCCCCCAAGUUCGGCGUUCGGUGGACGCAGAUGAUGAAUCUGUCGCCCGGGAAUCAUCGAUGCAAUCCAACAAGAGCCUUCACAUAGUUAUGGAAUCACCGAAGAACGAGGAUUCGCGUGAUGUGUACGAGAAGGUGGUGGGAUUGCACACCUACGUGAUAGAGGUGGAUGAAGAGGAGGAACAGCACAUGGGUCGCAUUUUCGGCGUUUCCGGACCGGUGGUGAAUGCCGAAGAGAUGGCCGGAGCGGCCAUGUACGAGUUGGUCCGCGUGGGCCACUGCCAGCUGGUGGGCGAGAUCAUUCGGCUGGAGGGCGACAUGGCCACCAUCCAGGUGUACGAGGACACCUCGGGCGUGAGUGUCGGCGAUCCGGUCUUCCAAACGGGCAAGCCGCUGUCCGUCGAACUGGGUCCCGGCAUAAUGGGCAGCAUCUUCGACGGCAUCCAGCGACCGCUGAGGACGAUUAACGAGCUAACCAACUCCAUCUACGUGCCCAAGGGCAUCGAUGUGCCCGCCCUGCCACGCGACAUAAGCUACGACUUCACGCCCGCCAAACUCAAGAUCGACGAUCUGAUCAACGGCGGAGAUAUCUACGGAUCGGUAUUCGAGAACAGCAUGAUGCACGACCAUCGGCUGAUGUUAGCUCCAAAGUGCAAGGGUCGCGUCAAAUGGCUGGCUCCGCCGGGGAACUACUGUGUGGAGGACGUGAUCGUGGAGACGGAGUUCGACGACGAGGUCACCAGCCACACCAUGCUGCAGGUGUGGCCGGUGCGCAAGUGUCGUCCGGUGGAGGACAAGCUGCCCAGCAACACGCCCCUUCUCACCGGCCAGCGCGUCCUGGACGCCUUCUUUCCCUGUGUCCAGGGCGGAACGACCGCCAUUCCGGGUGCCUUUGGCUGUGGAAAGACUGUCAUAUCGCAGUCCCUUUCGAAGUACUCCAACUCCGAUGUCAUCAUCUACGUGGGAUGCGGGGAGCGGGGCAACGAGAUGUCCGAGGUGCUGCGCGACUUCCCGCAGCUGGAGGUGGACGUCAACGGCACCAUGGAGUCGAUCAUGAAGCGCACUGCCCUGGUGGCCAACACCUCCAACAUGCCGGUGGCUGCCCGUGAGGCCUCCAUCUACACGGGCAUCACCCUGUCCGAGUAUUUCCGCGACAUGGGCUUCCACGUCUCCAUGAUGGCCGACUCCACCUCGCGAUGGGCGGAGGCGCUGCGUGAGAUUUCGGGUCGUCUGGCGGAGAUGCCUGCAGAUGCCGGCUAUCCGGCUUACCUGGGCGCCCGCUUGGCGUCCUUCUACGAGCGAGCCGGGCUGGUCAAGUGCCUCGGAAGUCCGGAUCGCAGCGGGUCCGUGUCAAUUGUGGGCGCUGUGUCGCCUCCUGGUGGUGACUUCUCCGAUCCCGUGACCUCCGCCACACUGAGCAUUGUCCAGGUCUUCUGGGGACUGGACAAGAAGCUGGCCCAGCGCAAGCACUUUCCCUCGGUGAACUGGUUGCAGUCGUACUCCAAGUACAUGCGCACCCUGGACUCCUACUACGAGGAGUCCAGUCCGGAGUUCACCCAGCUGCGGGCCAAGGCCAAGCAGGUGCUGCAGGAGGAGGACGACCUGGCCGAGAUCGUGCAGCUGGUGGGCAAGUCGUCGCUGAACGAGGAGGACAAGAUCACGCUCGAGGUGGCCAAGAUGCUGAAGGACGACUUCCUGCAGCAGAACUCCUACAGUCCGUACGAUGCCUUCUGUCCCUUCUUCAAGACCAUCAGCAUGCUGAAGAACAUGAUGGCCUUCUACGAGUCGGCCAUCCAGGCAGUCCAGAACACGGCCAACAACGAGGCGCGGGUCACCUGGGGACUGAUCCGCACGAGGGCCGCCAACAUCCUGUACGAGCUCUCCACCAUGAAGUUCAUCGAUCCCAAACUGGGCGAAGCGGUGGUGGUGGAGACCAUGGACAAGCUCUAUGAAAAUAUUAUACGAACGUUUCGUGAUAUUGAGGACAACGCCGGGGAAUAUUAACAAGAAUUGGUUAUUAUUAAUUCACUAAAUUACUUCUGUAUUAUAUUCGGUCCAAAAAAUGUGCAUUCUUUUUUAGAAAGUAUCUUAUUAAAUUAAGCGUAAGCUGUUUGCAUGUUUA